AGGUAUUUGUAUUAUUUCACAUUUGACUUAAUUGUUGAUCCGUUAUACUUAAUUGUUUUGUUUUUAAAUAAAGAAAUCUCAAAAUAAUGAAUUAAACAUGUCUGUGGCAGGACAAAUGAAUCAGCAGUUGCAACAAGAUCUCCAAAAUGAGCUGACAACUGCAAACCAACUUUUACGACUAAUAUCUUUAGAACUACAACAAAUCAAGCAUUUCACACGAAGCAAUGGAGAAUUUGAAGGCAAUAUCAAAAAGAAUGCAUCUUUACUCACUACAUUGGGGAACCUGCAGCAAAUUGAUUUAGAAAAUAUACCUCCAAUGACAAGGAAGGAAAUAAACAUGAGCAACAAUUCAAACCAGAAUGUGUCUUACCAACAACAUGAAACAUUCAGAAACAGCUCGGGAAUAGAUGACUGAUGUUUCAUAAAUUUCUCUUUUAUAAAUUUAAAACUUCAGGCAUCACCCUGAUGCUCUAAAUAAAAUAACUGUCGGUAAUAUAUGUGUACAUGAGUGUUUAAAAUAGCUUUAUAUACUUCUAACAGAUUCCCAUGUUACCUACAAAAUAGGGUAAGUAAUAAUAAACAACAAUUAUUUUAU